UUGUGACAAUCUGCACCUCCACGCCAGAUAAGUCGUCAACAACAGCUGUAGUCCCCUUCCUCGUCGCAGCCAGGACCCCGUUUGGGAAACUCAAGACCGUCUGGUUCGAGGAGCGGCCAAUAGAAAAAUUCCGCUGUGCUGUUGCUAGCUAGUUCCUUGCUUUGUCAACCAAUCAGUUCGUUGCUGGGGAAGGGAGGGCGCGGGAGCUGGAGGUAACAGUGUGCGCGAGAGCCCGAGUGCAAGGGAAGCCUUAUCACGGAGGCACGGCUAAAGACAACAUUUGCAAAAUGCCGAAUAAAACUAAAAAAGAGAAGGAACCAACCAAAUCUGCAAAAAGCAGCACAAAAAACAGUAACGCCGGUGGCGGGAAGGAUGCUGGAACGGAAAAUUCAGAAGAGGCCCAGCAGACAGCCAGCAAGCGUCCGAGCAACAGCACUCCACCUCCCACUCAGCUCAACAAAAUUAAGUACUCAGGUGGGCCACAGAUUGUAAAGAAGGAGCGUCGACAGAGUUCAUCACGAUUCAACCUCAGCAAGAACCGGGAACUGCAGAAGCUUCCCGCCCUCAAAGAUGCCCCACCCAUUGAUCGAGAAGAACUGUUUGUCCAGAAACUGCGGCAGUGCUGUGUGCUUUUUGACUUUGUGACUGAUCCACUUAGUGAUCUCAAGUACAAGGAGGUGAAGAGAGCCGGCCUUAAUGAAAUGGUGGAGUACAUCACACACAACCGCGACGUGGUCACAGAGUCCAUCUACCCCGAAGCUGUCAUCAUGUUUUCUGUAAACUUGUUCAGGACUCUGCCACCCUCUUCCAAUCCCACGGGAGCAGAAUUUGACCCUGAAGAGGAUGAACCCACUCUGGAGGCCGCUUGGCCCCACCUGCAGCUGGUUUAUGAAUUCUUCUUAAGAUUCCUGGAGUCACCUGACUUCCAGCCCAAUGUUGCCAAAAAAUACAUCGACCAAAAGUUUGUACUGUCGCUUCUGGAGCUUUUUGACAGUGAAGACCCCAGAGAGCGGGACUUCCUAAAAACCAUCCUGCACAGGAUCUAUGGAAAGUUCCUGGGGCUGAGAGCAUACAUCCGUCGGCAGAUCAACAAUAUAUUCUACAGGUUUAUAUACGAGACGGAGCAUCACAAUGGAAUUGCAGAGCUCUUAGAAAUCUUAGGAAGCAUAAUUAAUGGCUUUGCCCUGCCACUGAAAGAGGAACACAAAAUGUUCCUCAUCAGAGUGCUACUGCCUUUACACAAAGUCAAGUCACUCAGCGUCUAUCACCCACAGCUGGCCUACUGUGUGGUGCAGUUUUUGGAAAAGGACAGCAGCCUCACUGAACCUGUGAUUAUGGGCCUGCUGAAGUUCUGGCCCAAGACCCACAGUCCUAAGGAGGUGAUGUUUCUGAAUGAGCUGGAGGAAAUCUUGGAUGUCAUCGAGCCCUCAGAGUUUGUUAAAGUCAUGGAGCCUCUGUUUAGACAGCUGGCCAAGUGUGUAUCAAGUCCACACUUCCAGGUUGCUGAAAGAGCAUUGUAUUACUGGAACAAUGAGUACAUCAUGAGCCUGAUCAGCGACAAUGCCGCCAAGAUCCUCCCCAUCAUGUUUCCCGCUCUCUACAAGAACUCCAAGAGCCACUGGAACAAGACAAUCCAUGGGCUUAUCUACAAUGCUCUAAAGCUCUUUAUGGAGAUGAACCAGAAGCUGUUUGAUGACUGCACUCAGCAGUACAAGGCUGAGAAGCAGAAUGAACUACAAAGAGAGAGACAGCAUUUUGGGCAUCGAACAUGCCCAGAGAUGAUGUCUAGAGAGAAGUACAAACUUAAGGAACGGGAAGAAAUGUGGCAUAAAAUUGAAGAACUAGCAAAACAGAACCCUCAGAGUACAAAGGUUCAGCUGCGGCCCGGUCUGGCUCAGGAUGAGUACAUGAUGUAUAAUGAAGGAGGGAUGCCAUUGUACUCAAUGGAGACGGAGACCCCUACAGCUGAGGACAUCCAGCUGCUGAAGAAGACUGUGGAAUCAGAAGCCUCACAGGGAAUGAAAGACAUCAAGAAAGACAAGGUUUUGAUGAGGCGAAAGUCUGAGCUGCCGCAGGACGUCUAUACUAUAAAAGCCCUGGAAGCUCACAAGCGAGCAGAAGAGUACCUGACGGCCAACCAGGAAGCCCUCUGACGGGGGAGCACCGCCACCCUCCACCGCGCCUAAACUGUUCCUCUCGUCUUGGUCCAAAAUUGUCGCCUGCUGUAACCCACCUCUCUGUUCCUCUGCCUCUAUCCCAUACUCCUUCCUCCCUCACUGUUGGAGAGCCCCAUCUGCAAAAAUCCAGUCCACAGAGCAGUGGAGAGCUCCCAUGCACUCUGCCCCGACUCCCAUGCGUGCACAAACUCUUUCCAAAAUCUUCUCAGAUCCAUAGCUGCUGAUCCCCACACUGAACAGAAGCGACCGCUGGGUUGGUAGAAAGCAGUGUGGGUUACAAAUAAUCAAAGUAUGCUCUUGUUGUGGUUGCUUUGUUUCUCUCCACACUUUAUUUUGUCCACUUUAUGCUGUCUCCAUUUGUCCGCAUGCUCCCUAUCCCAUUUUUACCGCUGCUUGAGAGCUUCUCCUUUAUUCCAAUCACUGCCUCUGUAAAUCUGUCUGCAGUUAAGGGGCCACACUUAACUAAAUGUAUCAUGUUAAUGGAGAUAUGGAGACCCUGUACUGGAUUUUCUGCAUCCGGCUCCUGUGUGGGCGGAGCGUAGGGAUGGUAGCCAAACGGGAGUGUUCAGGGUUAUUCUUGAUGUCAUACAAAGAACCAAUUAGUGAAACUUGUUUCUACAAAACAUGCAAGCUUGAGAUUUCAACUCGCAUGGGAUUGUGAAUCUAUUUCAGAUGCUUCCCUAGACAGGUCUGCUCGUACAUCUGAGAUGGGACUCUGAAAUUGCUUCUCCAUUGCGACCUGGUGCUGUAAAUGUUUCAGGUAGUCAUUUUUGAGAUCUAAGACCAUGACCACACAUUAGGAGGCAGAGGCUGAGGAGAUCGACCUAAUCUGUUGUUUUCCUCGUGAUUGUGUUAAUGAUCAUGAUCAACAACAACAAAAAAAAUAAGAGAGCUUUGUGGAAGCAAUCACCUCAAUAUCCACCACCAGCAGAACGCUUGAUGAAAAUGCUUUAAAAGUAGUAUACAGUCCGUUUACAGUCGCAGAAAAGAAUGUGAUCUAAAUGCAUGCGCCAAUGGCCUAUUUGAUCCACACUCCACUGUUUGUAUGCAUCAAUGUUUUAUUUUCGUUGUAAAGGAUUAGUUCACUUCAGAAUUAAAAUUUCCUGAUAAUUUACUCACCCCCAUGUCAUCCAAAAUGUUUAUCUUUCUUUCUUCAGUCGAAAAGAAAUUAAGGUUUUUGAGGAAAACAUUCCAGGAUUUUUCUCCAUAAAGUGGACUUCACUGGGGUUCAAUGGGUUGAAGGUCCAAAUGUCAGUUUCAGUGCAGCUUCAAAGGGCUCUACAUGAUCCCAGAUGAGGAAUAAGAGUCUUAUCUAGCAAAACGAAUGGUCAUUUUCUAAUAAAAUAAAAAUGUAUAUACUUUUUAACCACAAAUGCUCGUUUUGCACUGCUCUGCGAUGCGCCACGCAUUACGUAAUCAUGUUGGAAAGGUCACGUGUGGUGUAGGUGGAAGUACCGCGGUAGGACUUAGCCUUAGCACGUUUGCUUUGUAAACACUUGCUCGGUGCUUCUGCCUAUGUCACGCGUGACCUUUCCAACGUGAUUAUGUAAUGCGUGGCGCAGUGCAAGACGAGCAUUUGUGGUUAAAAAAAUAUAUAAAUUUUAUUUUUUUUAGAAAAUGACAGAUCGUUUCUCUAGAUAAGACUCUUAUUCCUCAUCUGGGAUCGUCUAGAGCCCUUUGAAGCUGCACUGAAACUGACAUUUGAACCUUCAACCCUUUGAAGUCCACUAUAUAGAGAGAAAUCCUGGAAUGUUUUCCUCAAAAACCUUAAUUUCUAUUCGACUGAAGAAAGACAAACAUCUUGGAUGACAUGGGGGUGUGUAAACUAUCAGAAAAUUUUAAUUCUGAAUUGAACUAAUCCUUUUAAGACUUAUACCUCUUGAACAGAUUCCCAUGAAAUCACACCUCAUAGCUUUUGUAAGUUGUCUUGUUUUGCUUCAUAGGUUUCUGUGAUGUAUAAAAAACUAGACAAGAAUGAAAAACAAACUCCCGUUGAACUGUUCAAGAUCGGGAACUACCGUCCUGUCUGAGAUUGUAUGUCUUAUUUUUGUUGUUGUUUUCACUUUAAAGCGCCUAAGCAAUAUUUUUUUUCAGGUAUUAGAACGGUAAGGAAAACCAUCCACUGGUCUAGUGUACGAUCAAGCGCUAUACAAUCCUCCUAAUAGGACUAUAUAUUUACAGAGAAAAGAUACUCGCUUACCUGUCCAGGCUUAAUAUAUGGAAAAGCGACAGCCUGCAAUUGCCGUUGCGACUACUUGUGUAGUGUAUAUUGUCAUGUAUAUUGCUUACGAUUGUGCCCUUGCCUUUUAAUAUUCCCUCUUUCUGCCCCAACUUCAUCUUUUAAUUCUGUUCGCUUGUAUGACACAUUCUGAUGCUUGAUGUCCCCUCUCUGUUGUAAAGGUCUGUCCCGUGAAGUGUCACUUUGAUCAUUCCAAUAGUGAGGGAACAUUUACUACUCCUACAGGCUGCUGGACAACGCAACACUUUAUUGCUAUCCAGUGUGCAGCUCUGCAUUUCGCCCCUCGUGAUUUCAAGCUGCUACACUUUUUUUUUUUCCAUCGCUCCAAACGUGGGCAUACAUUUCGAAUUGUGCUAUUACAGCCUAUAGUAUGCAGUGCAGAGUUGAAGUCUUUAAAUCAUUAGCCGUUUGAAGUGUUGUUACGUCACCUCAGCCUAUCAGUGUACGGGAAUGACUUGUCCAUGCAAUCAAGAGCAUGAAUUGCCAACCUAGCUGCCUCUAAAUAGACCAAAACAUUCCAGAAACAAUCAGAGGCAACUUCACUCUUGAACACAGCAUGCUUCCUUCCUCGAUGCAGCUUGACGGGCGGAUGGGGCCAGUGUUCAGCUUGUCCGGCAGCAACAAGAAACAGAGGGAAAUUAAGAAAGUAUGGGUCUCUCCACACUCACCCUUUCCGUCCUUCUCCCAGCCCUCCUUUCCAAGUCUGACACUAAUCUUAAGCUGCUUUCCAGGUCAUAUGUACAUAUGUUGUACUUUAAUUAGGUUGAGCAUUACAUAGUAUGAAAGUCAUAUUUUGUACAGAUGUUCAUGUAUGUACAGAACAAAAAUAAAGAAACACAAAAGA